AUUUGUGAGAAGUGGCAUCUUCUUUUUAUCAGUUUACAGUGUAAAUUAGUAAGACUAACGUUGACUAAAAGUCUACCCUGAAUUAAUUUGUCGGACUGACUUCACUUUUCAUUCUCCGGCACCGGCUGAUCUCCGUCGCUCUCUGUCAAUGGGGAAAAAUUACUGUGAUUUUAGUCCUUUCUUGUUUCCCUCUACAAUAGUCUCUUAUGAUCCUUCUUCUUCUUCUUCGUCUUCUUCUUAUUCUUCACUUCCAUUGUCUUCUCCAUCAUCUCCAAGUCUAAAUUCCCAUUUUCAAAUCUCAUCAAGUCUUCCAUUACAUCCUUAUUCCCAAUCUUCUUCAAGUUCUUUUCAUCCUCCUCCUCCUGCUGCUGCUGCUGCUGGUGGUCCUUGCGCUGCCUGCAAAAUCCAUGGUCGGCGAUGCACUGACAAAUGUUAUGUGGCUUCUUAUCUACCUCUCAGCGAAGCACACAAAUUCAUCGUCUUUGAUGGACUGUUUGGGGCAACAAAUGUCGUCAAAUUCCUUCAGAACAACAAUUCAUCAUCAUUUAUUCCACUAUUAUUGCUGUUGAGAGACACGAGUCAAGAAGGGCAACCCCAGGUAGAUCCCAGCUUGAAUAUUGUUCCAUGUGGAACUAACCAACUUGGGGCACCCAAAAAUUCUGACCAUGUAUUGACAAAAGCAACCACAGGAUUGGAGUGUGAUUUCUUAAAUAAUCUCUCUUCAGGACUCAUGUUUGCAAACCCAAAAGAUCCUCAACAGGAACUUCCAUCAUCAUCAUCAAUGGUUCCCAAGAGACAGAAAUUAUAUAAAGUUCCAAAAGACUCGAGUCAAGAAUGGGAACUCCAGGCAGAUUCCAAUAUGAAUAAUGUUCCAUAUGGAACUAAUAUAGAUGGUCAAAUUGAGGCACCCAUGAAUUCUAACCAUAUAUUUACAAAAGGGACUGUAGGAUUGGGGUAUGAUUUCUUAAAUAAUCUCUCUUCAGGAGUCAUGUUUGCCAACCCAAAACACCCUCAACAGGAACCUCCACCUUUAAUGGUUUCCAAGAACUGUGGAGUUCCAAAUGUGGUAUCCAAUUCAAUCAACUCCACAGUAAAUCUUAGCAGCAUCUUCAAUAGAGAUACUUCUGAAUCUACACGUCAAUUGCAGCAGAAGCAAACAUUUGUAAAGAUUUACAAGUCAGGGUCCUUUGGCAGGACGCUGGACAUUGCCAAAUUCAGUAGCUACCGUGAAUUGGUGAGAGAGUUAGAUCAUAUAUUUUGUCUCCAAGGGAAGUUGGAGGAUCCUGUGAGAUCGGGCUGGCUCGUUGUAUUCGUCGACAGGGAGAAUGAUGUUAUUCUUCUCGGUGAUGAUCCAUGGCUGGAAUUUGUAAACAUGGUGUGGUUCAUUAAACUACUGUCACCACAAGAAGCUCCACAAAUCCGCCAACUUGGUUAAGGGCUCUGCGCUUGGAUACUUUUGUAUUUUAGUACUAUCAGUUUGAUCUUACUAUUGGAGGUGAAUUAAACUAAUCUCACCACAAGAAGUUCAACAAAUGGGCAGCCAUGACUGGCUCUGAACUUGGAGGACUUUUCCAAUGGUCCGUACGUACGAAAACGUCAGACGUUCUCCACGCCAGACGGCCAUUUAAUUUCCCUCGGCAUGCGUAAGGGCAGGACUGCGAAGUGACUAGGCUCGCUGUCCUUUCUCUUGUCACUUCACGGGCUGAUCUUCCUCUUAUUGGGCUUGGACUCAUGAGUAAUCCCGGUCCACUCUAUGUGUCCGGGUUUGGGCUGAAAGCAUUGGGCUAGUCGGCCUUAGAGGCUUCAUGGGCUUUGGGUCAAUACUGCCUCUUCGGGCCCGGCUUCAUACUGGGUGGUGAAACCCGGCGGUUAUCAAUCUUUAUUUCUUAACCGGUGAAUUAAAAUGUCCAUGAUUUUUGUGAAUUUGUACUUCUUAGUCUUUGCAUUAGUUAAUUUAUACUGUUUA